AUGGCGGCCGGUCUGCCCGAUAGCAGCACGCUCGUCGACGCGCGACCGAUGCACGCGGCCAUCGUGUCCAAGUACCAUCGGUACUUGGAGGAGAAGGACGAGAUUUCGGCCAAGCUGGACGCGUGGCUCGAGGUGUGGGGCCCCAAGGGACCGAAGAACGGGUACAUUCCCGUCACGGAGUCGCGUAGUUUGGACGACGAGCUGGAAGACCAGCGGCAGCGGUUCUACCUGACCCAGGAACAGAUCUCCGAAGCGCGCGAGGCCAACCCGAUGGCGGAAUUCGGCACGGACGGACCGUUCACGCUCAUGACGAUGGACGAGUUCAAGCAGUUCCUGUCGAACACUCACACUUUCGCGCCAGCGACGGAGGGCCCGACUGUCAUCGCUGCCGUGCGUCGCCUUCGCACUUCAGGUAAAAGUCAGUUUGCGUUCAAUGGAGGCGAUUACAGCGCAGACGCCGAGAAGGGCUACCAGAGCACGACGGAUUCGUACACUCAGACGACCCAACCGAUGUACCAGGGCAACACUGGCAGCAACGCAGGAAACACGAACGCGAAUACGAACGGGGGAUGGAAUUUCGGGGAUCCCGCAGCUCCUGCCCCUGCUCCUGCUCCUGUUCCUGCUACUAAGAAGAAGUCGACGACGACUGAUCUCAAGACCUCAGACACGACAACUGCGGGCGACUCGGACUCGGACUCGGUCGACUGGAGCAAGUCGGGCUGCGUCAACCCUCCUGGUCUGCAAGGUCAGUGUGGCAGCUGCUGGGCGUUCGUGAGUAUCGGCGCUUUGGAGGCCGCUCAGUGCAUCGCCAAUGGCGACAAGAAGGCGCCCACGUACUCGGAGCAGCAGCUCGUGAGCUGUGACACGAAGGACUACGGCUGCAACGGUGGCGCCCCCGUGUACGCCAUGGAGUACCUUCGCGACAACGGAGUCUGCACGGAGAGCAGCUAUCCAUACACCUCGAUGGAAGGCGGAACUGCAGCCGCGUGCGCGAAGACGUGCACCCCCACCAAGUCGGGCAUCACGAAGAUCGUCCAGCUCAAGGCUGGCGACGAGGCCGCGCUCCUAAGCGCCGUGAAGACGCAGCCCGUGAUCGCGUCAGUCGCGUCCAACAACGUGGCGUGGAAGCAGUACAUGGGCGGCGUGAUCACGUCCUGUGACACCGCGACGGUGGACCACGCCGUGCUCAUCGUCGGCUACGACGCCACCACCAUCAAGGUCAAGAACUCGUGGGGCACCGACUGGGGCGAGGACGGCUACGUGCGCAUCAGCCGCAGCCCCAAGAACAUGGGCACGUGCGCCGUGCUCACCGACAUGUCGUACCCCAAACUCUGA